GAGCUGUGUAUUCCGUGUUUUUUCCUGUGCCUUUUUUUUGAUUACUUCAUUAGUGACUGAUUAGGCUUAUGAAAAUAAAUAAUAAAGUUUUGUUGGAUUAUUUAUUUUCAUGGCGUCGUAAGUUCAGUGGUGUUAAUACAUUGUUUCGAGUCAUAAAAUCGCCGAAUGAAACGAUAAAGCCUCGACGCCGUCGUACCCACUUCAGCUGUAGCACCAUGGAGCAUCCCAAUGAGGAGUUUGAUGAAGAUUUAAUUUCAAGCCUCCCAACUAAUGAUAGUCUGGAAGAAGAAGAUGAAGGUAGUUUUUCCGGAUCUCCCUCCGAUGUUGAACCGGAUGGUUCAAUCGAAUCCGUUCGCAGAUUCUUUGCUGAAACAUUAGGAUUAGGACUCUUGGGCAAUCUCGUUAAGGAGAAACCAGCUCCUCCUAUCGUGUUGGAUGAAGCUAAUCUAGACGGAAUCGUUAAAUUUAUCAAUUCAGAGAAAUGUAAACACAUUAUAACUAUGGCAGGAGCCGGAAUAUCUACCUCUGCUGGUAUUCCGGAUUUUCGCUCCCCAGGAUCGGGAUUAUAUGAUAAUCUUCAAAAAUAUAAUUUACCUUACCCGCAAGCAAUUUUCGAAAUCAAUUUUUUUCGAGAAAAUCCAAAGCCAUUUUUUGUACUAGCGAAAGAAUUAUAUCCCGGUACAUUUAAACCUACUGUCGGUCAUUAUUUUAUUCGGCUUUUGCAAGAAAAAGGAUAUUUAUUACGUCAUUACACACAGAAUAUUGACACUUUGGAAAGAGUCGCCGGUCUAAGUCCUGACAAGUUGGUAGAAGCGCACGGAUCUUUUCACACUUCUCAUUGCUUGGAUUGCUCAGCUGUUUAUGAACAAGAAUGGAUGAAAGAAAAAAUAUUCACCGAUGAAAUACCCAUUUGUAAACAUUGCGGCGGUAUCGUAAAACCGGACAUCGUAUUUUUUGGAGAAAAUCUUCCGGCUCCAUUUUUCAUGAAUUCGCAAGAAGAUUUUCCAAAAUGUGACCUACUGAUCAUCAUGGGUUCCUCUCUCGUCGUUCAACCAUUCGCUUCCUUGAAAGAUAGAGUUCGUGAAGAUUGUCCCCGGUUGCUUAUUAAUAGAGAAUUAGUAGGCCAGAAUGAUCUCUUGAGAAGUUUGGGGUUAUCAAACGGUUUGGAUUUUGAUCCAGAACAUGGAACUCGAGAUGUAUUUUGGGAAGGAAUGUGUGACGAUGGGUGUCAGUUGUUAGCUGAUAAAUUGGGAUGGGGAGAUGAAUUGAGACAACUUGUUAAACAAGAACACGAGCGAAUAAGUGGAACUAGUGGUUGAAAAAGUCUUUUUAAAAAACCAUAAAUUUUAACUUUUUUAAAUUUUUUUAUAUUUUUAAAAAACCGUCAUGAUUUUAAUGUGAAUUUUUCAGGUACUUUAAAAAUAUUUAAUGUUGACUGCUAUUUUUUGUUUUGUUUUUUAAUGUUUUUUUUUCUUUUUUCUUUCUUUUAUUCUUGAAUUUUCUCGUUCAAUUGUAAAAGCUUCACGGAAAUAGUGUAAACUGUAUUUUUUGAAAAAUUUUCUGUGUUAAAUUAAAAAUGCGUAAAAUCGCUCUUUCUCGAGAUAAAAAGCUAAUUAAAGUACGCAAUCCUAUUUUCCUUAUUUAUAAUUAUACUUGCGUCAUCUUUAAAACGCUCUUCUUAAGAAUGUUGAAAAUUCAGUCUACACGUUUUGUAUUCCCUGAAGUUUUCAUGUGCAUUUUUAGAUAAUUUUUUUUUCUUUCAAUUUUAUUUGAACACCGUUAUAUCAUGCGUUUUAAGAUGCCAGUAAUUUUCUUGUUGGUUGAGGUAGAUGAGAGUUAUUAUUAAAAAAAAAAAAAACUUUGUACAGAAAAAAAUCUGUAAUAUGAAACUAAUAAAAGUACUUAUUCUACGCUA